GCAAUUCCGGACGAUGGCUGCAUCCAGGUAUCAGUUGAGUGAUGCUUCUAUGCGAGGUCAUGGGACGACACGGUUGAGGCAAUCUAGCUUAUUAGGUCAGAAAACGCCUCUGAAAUCUCCGACCAAUACGUCGUCUACGACGACCGAGCGUCCGAAGAGCUUGCACAAGAGACGCAACAAGUCCAGGUCGCAGUUGCACCAUUGGAAACAAUAUGCUGUGAAACAUACCUGGACAAUUCCAUCAGUUUUACUGCUCGCUAUUCUUUUUUUCUAUACUUCCAAUCCAACCGAAGACAACGUUAUUCACCACCUCAUCUUUCUAUCCUACAAACAAACGCCAAAUGUCGACUCGCUCUCAGGGGCCGUAUUGCCUACCCAAUAUGGAAAAGGGCCAUGGGAUAUUGCAUUUGUGGCUUUUUACACUAUAUUAUUGUCCUUUACUCGGGAAUUCAUCAUGCAAGAACUACUACGACCCUUAGCUCGCUUCUACGGUAUAAACUCACGUGCAAAGCAAGCACGGUUUAUGGAACAGAUGUACACGGCAAUUUACUUUGCAAUUAUGGGACCAGUUGGACUGUAUGUUAUGCGACAAACGCCAGUGUGGUACUUCAACAUGAGAGGGAUGUACGAAUUAUUUCCACAUAGAACCCUGUCCGCGUGGUUCAAAUUCUAUUACUUAUUCCAAGCAGCAUAUUGGACUCAACAAGCGAUUGUUAUGCUGCUUGGUUUAGAGAAACCACGCAAAGAUUUCAGAGAGCUUGUGGCUCAUCAUAUUGUCACCGUUGCACUCAUUGGUCUUAGCUAUCGGUUUCACUUUACGCACAUCGGUAUUGCUGUUUAUCUCACUCAUGAUAUCAGUGACUUGAUUCUUGCUACCUCCAAAUCUCUCCAUUACAUUGAUAGUCCCCUAGUCAUACCCUUCUACGCCACUUCAAUCAGUGCUUGGGUCUAUCUUCGAAAUUAUCUCAACAUACGGAUUAUUCUCUCCCUUUUUUAUGAGUUUCAAACCGUUGGACCCUACGAACUUAACUGGGAGACAGAACAAUACAAAUGCUGGAUUUCAAACAUCAUCACCUUUGCACUAUUGGCAGCCUUGCAGGCUCUCAACAUUUUCUGGUUAUAUUGUUUGUUACGGAACAUGUACCGCUAUCUCAGGUUUAAUAUAAAGAAGGACGACAGGUCGGAGGACGAAGAAGAGGAGACGAUCGCCUAG